AUGGAAGUGGGUAUCACUGGCAUGUGGGUAUACUCGGCAUGUGGAUAUACUCUGCAUGUGGGUAUGCUCGACAAGUGGGUAUACUCUGUAAGUGGAUCUCGACCUGCCAGAACUGACAAGUUCUCGAACCAAAACACCUACACGAAAUGCGUUGAUCUUCCGGUCCUAAACUCAUUCCUCCACUGGAACUACAGCACGUCGCACCAGCUCGACCUGGCGUUCAGACACGUGGGCGCCACGGCCUCCGAGUGGAUCGCUUGGGCCAUCAACCCAUUGGGACUCAAAAUGAUAGGUUCUCAGGCCCUCGUCGCUUACCAAAGACCAGACGGACCGUUCUACGCUUACGCGUCGCCGAUCAACAGCUACGACACGGAGCUGCAGGAGGGGAGAUUGAGCUUCAGCUUCUCCGCGCUGUCGGGGACGUUCGCGAACGGCGAGAUGACGAUAUUCGCGUCGCUCCAGCUGACGAGCGACGUGGUGACGAUCAACCAGGUGUGGCAAAACGGUCCCUUGAAUGGCGGCACACCGGCUAUACAUCCUAAGACCCCGGAUCAUCUCGCGGCGCUGGGGAUUCUGAACCUUGUCACCGGCGCUGCUAGUUAA